AUGGAUUCCGCUGCAGCUCCAGACGGCGAUGGUGGCAAAGCCAUCGAACCACAGCCUGACGUGGACGACAGUGUGAUCUCGAUCCCGUCCCUUUCGGUCACAGAAGCUAGGCAGGUAGCCGAGGAAGAGGAAGCGGUCGAAGACGCUGUAGAUGACGCCAUUGAUCCUGCUCAACUCUCAGCGCCCACGAAGAAGAAACGAAAGAAUAAGAAAACAACAGCCGGCAGGGGUCCACUUGCAUUGCCCAAGAAUCGCGGCAAUGGAUUUGAAGAGUAUUUUGCCGACCCUCCCAUGACUCCUGAUGAAGCCAUGGAGGAGAAACAAGAGAUAUAUUCUCCACGGAUUCAGUCGUGCGUUCAGCGUUUCCGCUCCCGCCGCCGCAUCCAAUACCCGAGAACCACCUACUUCGACGACUACCUCUUCCUCGGCGGCGUGGACACGAAUCAAGGCGCCUAUCUUGGACUUGAUCCAAGAGAACUCAAACAACUCACGCCUGCACAACGUCGCGAAGCCACGGCAAGAGACGUCGUUUAUGAAGGUUCUGGUGGUGGUGACCGCUUUUACAACGGUGACGAAACCAAGUGGACGGUCGAUUUUGCCGGCGUGGCAGCAGGCUUCCUCUCCAGAGCAAUCAUUCCCUUGACCGGUCUUCAGACUGGAACAAUGGAAGAUGCGAUAGAUGUGAUUGAGAAUUUCCUUCGAUAUGUUCUCCAUCAUGAUGUCUGUCCCGAGUAUGAAGAGAAUGUCAAGGAGGCACUGAAUUUCUGUCUGAUGGCUAGAGAAGAAUGGCCAAUGCUCAAUUCUUUGCAAACCGCACUUCCGGGUCUCUUCAACUUUGCUGCGACAGAGCUGUUCUCGAAGACUGAUCCCGAUGCAUGGGCCCUUGAUUUGUUUCAGAUUCCUGAAGGAUUCGAUGCGAAGUCUGUCUUCUAUUCGGCUAUCACCAUGCUAGGCGAUAUCAAGGUGUUUGAACAUCUUGUUGGUAACGCCGUGGAGCUUGUCAACCAAUAUGAAUGCACUCUAGAGAUAACCAAAGUCAAUCUCCCAACCAAAGAGCUCAUUGAGCGAUUCCAGAAGCUGGCCAUCACUACAGACGGCAACAAAAAGAUCCGACUCAUGCCAUUAGGCAAACUCACUCUCAAACCUGCCGUUAUUGAAGACGGAUGGGUCGAGCCGGACAUACAGCAUCCUCUACAGGGCAAGGAGAUCGAUCUGUAUUUCGAGCAAAACAUCCUUGUCAACCUCAAACCAGGCAUGAAAAUGACGUUGGAGAUCUGCGAACUUGGGGCUGACGUUCGUUUCGUCAAGCGCAUUCGCAAGAUUGUCCCCUCAUUCUACACGUUUCUUGCGCAAGAGUUGAUGGUACACUUCAGGGUUCCGGAACAAAAUGACCGCGCUGCGCCAUCAGUGCACAAUCCUACGGCGGAAGACAGUCAACCAGCGGAGGAAUAA